GAAACAACAAAACUUUAUGUAACUAUUAAUAUUAAAGAACAAAAAAAUUGAAUUAAACUUAAUACAAAAAUAGCGCAUUUUUUUGCCAUAAAAGAGAGUAACUUUAUUUGUGAAAAUUUUCUUAAAUGAAAAUCGAAACGACAAAACUUUUGUAACUAUUAUUAAUAUUAGAGCAAAAAAAGCUUCAAUAACUUGAAAAUGAUCAAACUAAAAUAACGCAUUUACAUUUGCAAAUAAAGGAAGAUCUCUCUCAGAAGAUCUAAAACAGUUUUCCUGCUGUAUUUUGUUUUUUUUUGAAACUAAUCAGGCUGAGUUAUUGCAUAAUAUCAGCAGAUGGGCGUAAAUAUGUCUCUUAAAAUACCUUUAUUUGAUUCACAUUUCGACUUCUUUUCGAAAAACCUACAACGUAAGUGAGCGUUUUCAUCAAGACCUGAAAGUUUUCGAAAAUUGGGACAAACAGUUCUGGGAUGAAAAGAUGUUAGGACAUUAUUGUUGGACUAUUAUGGGAAAAACUGACCCAAAAAAUACAAAAUAACACAAUAAAAGCAUUAAUUUUCAAUUUAUUCUUUGGUUAUUUAAAAGUUACACUUGUUUCCUAAUUAGUUACUUAUUUCGUAAAUCUGACGAUGAGGUGAUGAAUUUUUUAUAAUUUCGUUUGAACUUAAGGCCUCAUAAUUUAUAAGGAAUGACGACUUUCAGUUAAGAUUCUGUAAACUAGUGUUAUUAUUACGCUUAUUUUAUUAUUAUUUCGGUGCUUUUCCAUGAUUUUUCGGGUCAAACGAUUCAAUAAAGUUAAUUCCUGGUAAAGUGAUCGAAUUUUCACUUUGCCGGAGCGUUAUGCAAGCUUUGCAAAUUAGGAAAAGUCGGUGGGAAGCUACCAAAAAAAAGAUAAUAGCGUGGGAUUGACACACUUUUCACCUGUUACGAUUAUUUCGUUCCGUCUGAUUGUCUCACUAUCAAAAAUUUUGAUACGAAAAAAUGUCUUUGAUUUCGCCCCCUUUGUAAACCAAAUCCAUCCCUAAACUGGUUAAAACAACGAAAAUGUUUUUGUAAAAAUGCGACGUGAAAAUCCUGGGAAUCCCCAAUCUCGCUCUUUUUGAAAAAAAAAUAUUUUUAUGAGAAACGACCGUUUUGGCGUCUUGGCGUAGUUAAGUACCCCCAUGACAUAAUUUUUAUGCAAUCCAGUGUUAGGUACUCUCACUUUUCGCCUGAAAUGUGCUUUCUUUGCCAUUUAGUGGAGUGACCUCACCGAUACACCAUGCUGCUCAAAAUCUUAUUUCUUCUGGUUUUGACAAACCUAAUUUUUGCCAUUCCGCCAAACGACAAAGCCCUAUUUGAAGAGGACCCAGAGUCCCGUAUUUCGAAAAAACGGCGGCCUUGUCGAGGCCGAAGCCUUCCGGAAGGACGAACUUUCUUUGACUGGUCCUUCCAAUACGUUGACGUAAAUUACAAUUACAAUUACAAUAUUAAUUGCGGUGGGGGUGGCGGACAUGGAGGAGGAGGAACCGGUGGAGGAUAUGGCGGAGGCGGCCCCCAAAAGCCCAUUUUAUCGGGAGUCCUCCAAAGCAUUGGUAACCGCCCCACUGGAGGUGGCCACCCCCCGACCGGCGGCCUUCUCGGAGGUAAUGGCAUCAGUUUUAUUCAGUCUCAAUUCCAAGGUAUUUUCGCCGAUGGUCAAGGUUUAGGUUCGCUGAUCCCCCAAAAUAUUCUGAACGGCGAAGGUUUAGGUUCUUUAUUACCACAAGGCGGGCUUUUCAACGGUCAAGGAAUCAGCUCCUUGUUCGAAAACGGGCUUUUUAGCAAUAUUUUCAGCAGUAGUCAGUCCAUGGCGCAGGCUGGAGCGCCCAGCAGACCCAUGAUCACCACGCCCAAGCCCACGGGACAGGACCCUGAUGAUGUUAUUUAUAAUGACGAGAAACCUGUUCAUGAGGAUCACGAUCCUGUUGUUCCAGAUCACUACAACAGACCCGGUCAGUAUCUAGUGGCCCAGAACCCGAUUUUUGGCAAUUUCGUCUAUGAUUUGGCGGAUUUUAACCCCAAUAGGAUUUAUAGGCAGUUUAACAAGGAGCUUAAUAGGCUGGUUAGGCCGUGGGCGCAUCUUCUGGGAAGAUGACAAAGCGACUCCGGUGUACCGAAGACCAAGACCACCAUAUCAAAACACCCGUUACACCACUUACAACAGGAUCAGAUUCACUAACUAACAUUUUUUGUAAAAAACCCUAAACAAAAUAAAUAAAAAAUAAAAAAAAAACUACUCGUCUAUUUCUUCCACGUAAUCAUC